AGCUUUUACCUCGCCCUUCCUUGUGACCCACAUAGCAAGUCUGCUGAGACGAAUCACUGCAUGCUCAGUUCACGUGCGACUCAGUGCGCCUGCGCGAACUGCCCUGUUAGAGGAAGAGCCAAUGAAAUGAGACUAGGUGACAUUGCCUGACCAAUCGGUCGAUGUAAACAAAGUAUGAGGCUGAGUAUAAAUUGUGAUGCAAGCCGCCUGUUCGGCCUCUCGCUAGUCAGAAAUACCCGUAGGAGCAUCAAGACGAGCUCAUACACACACAGAACCAUGGCUGAUCAAAGAAAUCAAGAACAAAACGGCAGACGGAUCAUCAAUUUCUCCGCCGGUCCUGCCAAGCUCCCAGAAGCCGUGUUGGAACAUGCGCAGAAGGAGUUGCUGAACCACCAGGACACAGGCGUCAGUGUAAUGGAACUCAGCCACAGAUCAGCAGAUUUCAGCAGAAUCAUCAACAGAUCGGAAAAAUGCCUCAGAGAUUUAUUAAACAUCCCCGACAACUACAAAGUUCUCUUCCUGCAAGGUGGGGGCACGGGUCAGUUCUCAGCCGUCCCUCUCAACCUGAUGGGGCUCAAGCCAGGAAAGACAGCCGACUACAUCUGUUGUGGCAGCUGGUCAGCCAAAGCCGCCCAGGAGGCGGAGAAGUUCGGCAAGGUCAACUUGGUGUUCCCCAAGAUGAAGAAAUACACGUCGAUACCAGACCCCUCAACAUGGAACCUCAACCCAGAAGCCUCUUAUGUAUAUUACUGUGCAAAUGAAACCAUUCACGGUGUUGAAUUCCAGUAUGUUCCCGAAACGAACGGCGUUCCGUUGGUGUGUGAUAUGUCCUCAAAUAUUCUGUCUCGUCACGUUGAUGUCUCAAAGUACGGUGUUAUCUUUGCCGGUGCCCAGAAGAACAUUGGCUGUGCCGGAGUGACUCUGGUCAUCAUCCGUGAGGAUCUGAUUGGCUUUGCCUCGGAGGUCUGCCCGGUCAUCUUUGACUACAAAAUUCAGUCGGGGAACAACUCACUCUACAACACCCCACCCACAUACAGUAUUUACAUCAUGGGCCUGGUGUUUGACUGGAUCCAAGAGCAAGGCGGCGUCGACCGCAUGGACAAAAACGCAGUCACAAAAUCCUCACUCGUCUACGACCUGGUCCGAAACUCUCAGGGUUUUUACAACUGUCCUGUUGAUGAAAGCUGUCGUAGCCGUAUGAACGUUCCCAUCAGAAUCGGCUCACCGGAACCAGACGAGGCCUUAGAAAAACAGUUCUUGGAAGAGGCGACAAAAGCAGGCUACUUGCAGUUGAAAGGUCACAGGUCAGUCGGGGGUAUCCGAGCGUCGCUGUACAACGCCGUCCGAGUGGAUGAGGCCCAACAUCUGGUGGAGUUCAUGACGCAAUUCAUGGAGAGAAAUCGGAAAACAACAGCAUAAACGAACUGACCGUAGACUGACCGCAGACUUCCCACUUCAAAACACGAGACUCUCUACUCUGCUCUGUGCUGCGUUGGUUUUCCUUGCAGAGCGUGGAUGUUCGUUAUCCACCUUGAAAGCGAAAACGUUUAAAUGUUUUAGAAAUGAAGUCUUUCAGUUCUGACUCUGCUAUUCUGUUUUCCAGAUUUUUUUGGAAAUUUGGUUUGUCUAAUCCAAGUCAAGAAAAGUUGUUUCUGAGUCUGACGCAGCUAUUUUUUGACGAUCUGACGAAGUGUUUAAUUGUUCUGUGCCCAGAGAGCAAAGUUUUUCAGGAGAGGGAGGAAAUAUUCCUUUUAUGAAAUUGCAUUAAAAAAGAAAGUUUCAACUAUUAGGGCUUUUAAGUACCGGUACACCUGAACUGCAGAUUGGGGCAUGAAGUAUUUAUAAAAUUCAACAAGAUCAGCCUGUUAGUGUUACCACUGUCAGAAGCUGGAUAGUAGGCCUACAUGAUCUUUUUUUUCUUCUCUUCGGAGAAGAUAAUCUGAACUUUUUCCCCCCCCAUUUCUCCUGACUUAUGACUGAUAGAAUGUAAAGAUGUUGGUGGAUGUACAUGUAAAUAACAAACAAACAAACAGACAGGCAGGGUAAAGUGACUCCAUUGUACAUUGUGUAUAAAGAAGACAAACCUAGAACAAUAUUAUGAUGAUGAUAUCUCUAUUUUCUGGACCAUUUGUGUGCGCAUACACGUUUGCAUUAUGUGCGCCUGUUGUUGUAUGAUUUUAUCAGCCAAAUAAAAGUGUUCUGCAUUUAAAAA